CAGCAGGGGGUUGGACUUGAUGGCCUUUAUGGCCCCUUCCAACUCUACUAUUUUAUGAUCCUGUGAUCUGAGAUGCAAAGGACAAAACAGGCAUUAGUCACCUCCUGGCUCCUCUGCCAGGAUGCUGUGAUUCGAAGCUUCCCUCGGGUUCGUUAGGGUCAUGGACGGAGCACGCGGGCUGCCCGGAGGCAGGAAAAUCGACUCCAAAGCAGAAUUGUGUCUUCCUGGAGAGGUUCCAGGGGAAAUGCACUCCUGGCUCCUUCCCCUGCCGAUGGGCCGUUUGACUCAAGGCUCUCCCGGAAAGCACCCCAGGGGGCUCUUCUGUUUACCAGCGGGGAGCAGAACGGCUCACACCAUUAUGGCCACCAGUCAGACCGCGAGAGGCCAGCCUCUCACAUUCCAGCCUCUUCCCAGCACUGGAACAGGAAUUUGCGCAUCUCAGGUGUUGCCACAGCUGGGCUGGGACCGAACACGGGAGGCAAAGAACGGGAUGGAAGAAGCGCGCUUGUGAUUCCAGGCACGUGUGUUGCUUUCUCCCUCCUCGGCCUGGCCCUGAGUGAAAGGGGAGGACGGGAAAACCAUGAUAAGGCAAAAUCCACUUGGUCAUCUGUCAGGUAGAUCGUGGCAAAAAACCACAGGUAACCACGCAGGUCGCGUGCUCGGUUGUGAGAAUGCAGCCUCUGAGGAGGGAAUCCCUUCCUCUUGGCCAGAAACUUAUUUCAAGUCCCAGACAGAGCAACACUCGCAGAAAGACAUUUGAUUGGUGCUUCCAGUGCAUCGCCUUCCAGAAGAACAGCCAAAACCGCUCUCUCUCCAAACCCCAAAGAUUGAUUUGCCCUGGCUAAAACGUUUUAUGUGCCUGAUGACUAAUCCCACUGUAUUAAAAUAAGACUCACUGCCCGGAAUGGUAGCUCUGAAGCACCUCAUUCCUGCGCGCCUUUAUUAACCGUUGCUCAGUGGACUUAAAUACACAUCAAAUUAAAAUGUGCAUAUUAAAAUCAGGGGCAAACAGCAUUUCUGGCUGGCUGGUGCCAUUCUUGAAUUCACACUGCCCUCUGCUGCCUGGGAGCUGUACUGCAGGGUCCCUAGAUAGCCCAGCCUGACUCGAUCCACCCUGUAGGCCUCGGUUAAUCUGCGAGAACUCUGGGAAUGUGUUGAUGCAUUUUAAAUAUAAACACAAAAGGCUUUCUCGGGAUCUCUUCACAGUGGCAGCUUAGUUGAUCUAUGUUAGAUACUGAGUGGAAUCAGAAGUGGGGAAGUAAAAGAAUACUUUUUAAAACAAUACAGCAUCUAACACCUCUUUUGAGAAGAGAGGACAACAGCAGCGACAAAAGAGUGGCGUUCCAGUGGAAGGAGAGCCAACCUUCCCCAAGGAGAACAUUCCCACUAUGGAAGUGGAGCUCCGAUGUUUUCGCAUUCCCGCUAGGAAUUGGCCAAAGCAAUAUUCAGAAUUGUUCGGAUACUCAAAACAUCAUCUUGCUGCUUCUUGCAUGCUGGGUGUCUGUUUGUGUUUGUGAUCCCUGCUCGUUGUGCACAUGGGAAAUUUACACGGAGUGAGAGAGCGGUGAUGGUAGGGGCGAUUCGUGUAAAUCUCCCACCAUCUGCACACGUGCCCCUUCAUGAACGAACAUGCCAAUUCUAAAGCCCCUUGGACUAAAGCAGAGGUGUUUCAAUCUGCAGAGAACAUUUCUGGGAAUUCGGGAAUGCGUGCAAAUCGAACUGGGUACUGGGAACAAGGCGAAUGACCCCCCCCCCCGAGUUUGUUGAUUUGCAAACGUGUGUGAGAGACGGGUGGCCAAGCGCAUAUACAAAGUGUUGAAUUCGGCUCUUUUGCAACCAAAAAUGACGUUUUCACACAUCCCUCUCACUGGCCAUGUUUUCGCUAGUGCUGGGCCUGCAAGGAUUCUAGGGGGACAGUCAGGUGAUCUUGAAUGUGCUGGGUUCAGAGUCCCCUUAUUCUCCCAGGAAGCUCCUCACUUAUGCCAGGACGGCGCUGGCAUCGCUAUUUCCAAAAUGGGGCAGGACGGCUGCUGGAAGAAGGGUGUGAGGUCCUGGGGCAGCAUCAGGGCCCCUCUUCUGGCCAGAGACCAGAACAGCAGAAGCGGGCUGUGUAAGAGCCAGCUCUUCCCUUCAGAUGCUGCCUUAGGAAUGAAGGUUUUUCGGUGCUGUUGGAGUCUCCAGGCCUUCUGGAACCUGUUUCUGGAAACUCUGCCCAUCCUGCCUCCUUGCUCCUGCCUCUUCCUCCUUCCAGCUUCCCGGUCUUCACCUGCUCCACCUACCUGCUUCUCCUCAGCUUCUCUCUCUGGCUUUUGAUUCCUGAUUGGCUUUGGCUACUCUUUCCUACUGGACCGACUUACCUGUACUUGUUACCUGCCUUUGCCUCUGGACCCCGUGACUGUGAUGUGGAGAGUUCUCAUCUCUCCGUGCUGUAAAUGAGGGUUGCCCAUAUACAGCUGGCACCUAAAAUGGAACCUGAAGUACGAGGUACAACAGACACCGACUCCCAGCCUAACCUACCUUGCAGGGUUGCGAUGAGGAUAAAGUACAGAAAAGGCAGACUAUGUACAGCACUGAGGGAAUCUUGGUGGAAACAGCAGGACAGAAAUCUAAAGGAAGCGGUUCCAGUUGCGUCCGUGGAGUUCAUCUAAACUGAGAGGUUAGGAGUUUGAUCCGGAGGAGAAAGGGACAAGAUUGGAAAGGGUUAAGGAGCAGCCUUCCUCCCCACGACGACUUCUGGAAAUUGAGAAGGGUUAGCGCGCUGCAGAGAGAGACAGGGAGGCCUGUUUUUUUCCAGCCAUGCCGCUGUGGAGAUAAAUUUAGACGGAGGCCAGGAGUGGGUGUUUGCCCGGAGACAGCAGAGCUGGGCUUGUGCAGGUUGCUGCCCGCUUCUCCGUCCCACGACCUCGGCUGUUUCCUGCCCUUUCGUCCCACCUGCUUGAGAUGACAAGUCCUACAGAUGGAGCCAGUCUGGAUUCCGCUCCUUGUCUUUGCCAGUCUAUCUGCGCUCUCUCUCCAAGAAGACUUGUCUCGGAAGACCUUCGUGUUCCGCAACCAGCCCAGUGAGGGCUACGUCCUCCUCAAACCGCUGUCCAAGGAGGCGCUGGGGAAUUUCACGGUAUGCCUGCGGUCCUACACAGACCUAACGCGGCCUUAUGGGCUUUUCUCCUAUGCCACCCCGUCGCAGGACAAUGAGGUCCUCAUCUUCAAACCCAAAUCGGGAGAAUACCGUGUGUAUGUCGGUGGGGAAUACCUCUCCUUCAAAGUCCCGGAGACCCCCUUCAGCUGGGAACACGUCUGCUUUGGGUGGGAAUCGGACACCGGCAUUGCUGAAUUCUGGAUGAACGGCAAACCUUGGCCGAGGAAGGGGCUGCAGAAGGGGUACGUGGUCAGUGCAGAGGCGUCCAUCGUCCUGGGACAAGAGCAGGACAGUUACGGCGCCUCCUACGAUUCCUACAACUCUUUCUCCGGAGAGCUGACCGAUGUGUACAUGUGGAACUUUCUCCUCUCGCCUCACAAGAUGAGGUCUGCCUACCAAGACCUGCAGCUUCCCCAGAGCUCCCUGGAUUGGCGGAACCUGCAGUACGAGAUCAAAGGAGACGUGGUCAUCAAGCCGAGGUUGAGAUAACCCGAAGACGCGACCCUGUGAGAUGCUGGCGGAGGGAAGUUGCUUCUCCGACCCCUGAAUUCCAGGCCACCGGAUGGAAUUCCCAGAGAGGUGCCCCCUCAUUGUUACUGUUUUGGCACGAGGAAAAGAUGUAUCUUUUCCCUGGAUAUCUUAAUAGUUUAUUUUAGUGGUCCUUUGGAUUUCACCCUGACCCUAUUGGCUUACACUUUUAUUUAAUUUUUAAGUGGCUCAUUUAAAAGUUUUGGUGUAAUGAUUUUAAUUUGUGGGUUGUGUUUCUUUAUAUUUUUGGAUGGUUUGUUCCUGUUGUAGUAUUACAGGUUUUGAAAACGUCGUGCUUUAAUUGCUUGUAAGCUGAUCAGAGAAGCCCAGUGUGGACUAAUGUAGUGAGAAAGAAUUUGAAAUAAUUAAUAAAUAAGUAAAUGUA